CAUGUGAUCCAUUCCAUGGAAAAGUUAUUUGCUAUGCAAAUUAUUUAUUUCUUACAGCUUUCUAGUUUUUCUUACAUCUUUCUAUUGUGUUUUACAGUUUUCUAUUGUAUCUUACAGCUUUCUACUGUAUUCUACAGCUUUCUAUUGUAUCGUACAGCUUUCUAUUGUAUCGUACAGCUUUCUGUUGUAUCUUACACCUUUCUACAGCAUCUUACACCUUUCUACAGCAUCUUACACCUUUCUACAGCAUCUUACACCUUUCUACAGCAUCUUACACCUUUCUACAGCAUCUUACACCUUUCUACAGCAUCUUACACCUUUCUAUUGCACCUUAGUAAGGAGAACUUUGGCCAGAGUGAGGUAUCAGUGUUGUACAAGAUGGCACAAGCAGACACAUCAGGUGGCUGCAGACAUGCAUCUCAAGAGGGCAGCAAGCCACAACGUGAUGAUGAUGAGGAGGAGGAGGAGAAGGAGGGGAAUGAGGAGGAGUUUGAAUGUUUGUUGGGAGCUAAUGGCCAAGUGGUUCUUUGGAGCUCCAGAAGGGAAACUGUGCUUUCAAGAUUUGACUUUGUAUACCCAGCAUAUAUGGUAGUAGAGAAGUGCCCCAUUAUAUCACCUGUGAUUGAUUCUGAUGGAGACCUUCAAGUUACCAGAAAGAAGGACCUUCACAAAAAAGAAGGGGCUGUGCUCAUUGAACAAAAACUCUUCCAUGCAAAAAAAAGAGAACACCAGAGUGCCACGACACUGGAGCUGGUGGGUGAGCAGGUGUGGCGAGGUUCACUCUUCCUGGCAGAUUUUAUCCUCAAUUAUCCAGAUAUCUUCAGAGAUGCACACAUCCUGGAAGUUGCUUCGGGAGUUGGUCUUACCUCAGUAGUGGCAGCCAUGUUAGCCAAGCAAGUCAUUAUUUCUGAUGUUGAUCGUGGUGACAUAUUGGAACUCAUCAAUCGAAACAUCAAAAGGAACAUAGAUUUGAUCAAAGCCAAAGUAGAAGUGAAAGAAAUCGACUUCUUUAAUCAUGCCACCAUUGAAGAGAUAAUGGAUUUGAAAAAUGUUUCAGUUCUUCUGGCUGCUGAUGUGGUGUACCAUGACCAGCUGACUGAUGCUUUCCUCAGGACAGUCCUUCGGCUGAUGAGCGACCCACCUGACAAGACUAUGUACAUUGCACUGGAAAAGAGAUAUGUCUUCACUCAGGAGGAUAUGGAUACAGUGGCUCCAUGUUAUGAAUAUUUUCUUCAAGGCCUGGAGUGGUUGGGUUCUCAGAACCUCUCUCAGAUUGACUGGACAAUAGAAGCACUACCCACCGACUUUGAACAAUACUUCACUUAUGAGCGUACAAGACACUUAACAUUGUGGAAGAUCCAGGCUACGCUCAAGUGACAAAGACUCAAUUAGCAAAAAAUUAUUCAAUUAGGUUUUCAAUUAUAGUUUUUUAAACCAAUGAAGGAUUACUAUUAGGCUUAAUAAUUGAUAUCUAACGUUUAUUGAAAAACUUAUUUUAGAGAUAAAUGUAUACAGUAAGCUAACAGAAGACUUAUGAAUGAUACUUCUUGAUAGUUAAAUAUAUAGUGUACAGGGAAAAUAAUUUGAGUAUAUAUGAGAAAGUAUGGAGGGGUUUCUCAAUACAGAGUGCUCAAUAUAUUACAAAUGUAUUAAGUCAUAUACAUCUCCACUUUCAAACCGAGCAUUUAGGAACCCAUUAAAGUGGUCCAACUGCUAAGUCUUAGUACUGACUCAUGGUCCUCACCACAGUUGGUGAGGGGAUCUUGACCUAAGGAACUGGACCAGUGCUCCAGUUCCUCGAAUCAAGCCUGAAUGUCAUCCAUUCCCCCAGGUGAUGUAUGACCUCAACGGGUUUAGCACUCCCUUCAUGAAUAUAAUAAUAUGAGGUAUACAAGCACUGUUAGUCCAUACUUAGUUUGUUUGGUUGUCAAAACUUACAAGUUUCAUCUAAAUUAUAAACAUUGGGAUUUGUAUGUAAAGUCUGACAUGUUUACUACACCUUAUAAGUACAGUGGACCCCUGGUUUACGAUAUUAUUUCAUUCCAGAAGUAUGUUCAGGUGCCAGUACUGAACGAAUUUGUUCUCAAGGAAUAUUGUGAAUUAGAUUAGUCCAUUUCAGACCCCCAAACAUACACGUACAAACGCACUUAUAUAAAUACACAUACAUAAUUGAUCGCAUUGGGAGGUGAUCAUAAAGCGGUGGUCCACUGUAUUUAGUACUUAGUAUGCAUAUUUUAUAUUUACUCUUAAAAAGUUCUGUAAAGUUUUGUUCUGUACCUUGUCUCUAAUAACCCACUCGAAAAUGCACCAUCUGUUUGUUCUAGCAUUGGUUUUGCUAAAUAUAAAUUUCUACAAUUUCUGGCUGUGAAUACUAGAGGGCUGAUAAGUGUUGGCUCUUAUUAGGACUUUGGAAAAAAUGUGUGUGAAAUAUCACUCGACUGACCCUUAAUCUAAAUUUCUAAUAUAAAUCCCUCUUUUUCAUUCUGUUCAGGCAAAAUAUUUCUAUUGCAGGAGUGUUACAAUCAUUGCAGCAUCGAUAUUGUGCGGCCCAUGAAUAGAGUACAUGGUAGUCUGCUCCAUUCACCAUGUUUUCUGGUAAAAUUAAAAUAUUUUGUGAAUAUUUAAUUUUUUUUUAACACUUCGGUCGUCUCCCACCGAGGCAAGUAAUUUUGUAAAUUUACAUUAAAAUAUCUUAAAACAACAGUAGUCUAUAGUGUGUUAGUUGAGAAAAGCAACUCACUGGAGUAGCUGGUGAAUGUGGCACUGCUACUGUCACAGGAUGGAAAUAUUAUUUUUUAUAUUUUUAUGAAAUGAAUAAAAUUUUUUGUAUGUUUAUUUGAGGCAUGUGUUUUUGGGGCCUAAUGUCUUUUGGUAGAGAGGUCAAGAAAAAUAAAUUUAAGAAUUAGACUA